AUGCCCCCCAAACACCAAACCCAAACCCAAACCCUCAACAUCCUCACCCCAAACCCAAACACCUCAAAAACCAAACCCAAAACCCCAGACCAAUCAAAAGACAAAGACUACGAAAUCCUCAGCGAUAGCGACAUCAGCGUCCUCGACCUCGGCCCAAGCCUGACCACCAACCACACCACCGCCCCAAAGACACCCACAAAACCCACCAUCUACUAUCAAUCCACCGAGCCAAAGACUCGGACUCCCUUCGUGACCCCUAUGCCCAUGUCUCCCCCUGCCAAACAUGGAAAUGGAGACAGAGAUAGAGAUAUACAGGCUGGUGGUGGUGGUGGUGAUGGUAGUGCAGAUACCACCCCAAGGAAAAUCAGAACGGGCUCGUCGAUGUUUAUGAGGGGUGCAUUGCGGACAUUCCCAUCGCCGCUUCUGGGGCCGUUUAGGGGUGGGGGGGAUGCGAGGGUUGUUAGGCAGGAAGUUACUCGGGCGAAGACUUUUAGGGGUGGUGGGGGCGUUUCGGAGAGAUGA